UUCCAUUUCUUGACACUUGUUUCUUCUUCAACAUUAACAAAAACAAGAGCAGAAAGACUAACUUUAUUGAAAAACGCUUGAUAUUGAACUAAAAAAUGGAAGUGGGUCUGUCCCUAAAUGCCCUAGUUAGGCUUCCUUUAUCAAAUUCAUCAAGAAUACAUCAUGAAGAUGGAGUUGCUAAGCAUACACUUUUCUCUACUAGAACAGUAACAUUACAGAAAUCUUUGAAGAAGCAAACUUUAUUGGUUGUUAAAGCUAAAGGAAAGAGGGGAAUGCAGUCACGUCAGUUUCAAAGACCGCCUGCUCCAUCUUUACCCAAGAUUGAAGACGAUGGCAACCCCAAAUUUCUUAUCUUUAUACGCAUGGCUAAUGUUUAUCUUUGGUACCCACUCAGUCUUGUAACUGGUGGUACUACUGCCAAAAUCAUGGUUGCUGCAAAAGAUAAUUUUCUGGGAAAGUAUAUUUACAAAAAUACACUUGAUAGAAAUCUUGCAGCAGUUAUUUACAGAGAUGAGAAGGAGAUACAGAAGACAGCAUUUAAACAAUUUCGUGUGCUGCGAUCAGCAACUGAAUUCAGAUAUGGUUACAAACUUGUUGAAAAUGGAAAUGUGAGGGCUGCCCUUUCUACCACAGAUGUUAUUGAGCUUCCAACACCAGACCAACUGAAAACAGUAGUAGAUAAAGUGAAAGACUUCUUUGGGGAUGCAAAGGAAUCUUUUGGAAAGCUUACCGCACUAGAUUCAACAACAGAUGAACCAGAGGAAGUUUCUAAAGAAAAGGCCAAAGUUAAAGGCUGAAGGUGAAGAGAUUUUAUGCUUGAAAAUGGCAGAGGAGGCUGCUUCUGUGAAACUGAAGCUUCAUACAGUACGUUCAAACAGAAUGCGAGGCAGUAUAGGACAAUUUUACUUCAUGGUUUGAUUCAUAGGUUUCUCUUCAUUUUAACUGAAUCGAUAUAACGUUUUCAUUUACAUCUAUAUGCAAAAUAGCUCGUUCUACACGUA